AAUAAGCAGCAGCAGCAGCUGCCUUCUUCUUCUUCUUCUUCUUCUAAACACAACACAACACAGAUACAGAUAGUGGAAGAGAGGGUUUUAGAGUGAGAAACUGAAAGAAAGUGGUAGUUGUAGAGAGAUAGAGAGAGAGAGAAUGGAGGAUCGGGGGGAGGAAGAAGAGGUGUUAGGGUCGAGUUUGACUAUGGAGAAAGUGGCGGCAGCCAAGCAGUUCAUAGAAAAUCACUACAGAGCUCAGAUGAAGAACAUUCAAGAGCGCAAAGAGAGACGAUGGGUGUUAGAGAGGAAAUUAGCUACCUCAGAUGUGCCCGAGGAAGAACAGAUCAACCUGAUCAAGGAUUUAGAGCGAAAAGAGACAGAAUUUAUGCGACUUAAAAGGCACAAGAUAUGUGUUGAUGAUUUUGAGCUUUUAACCAUCAUUGGGAGGGGGGCCUUUGGUGAGGUCCGAUUGUGUCAGGAGAAGAAAUCUGGCAAUAUUUAUGCCAUGAAAAAGUUGAAGAAAUCUGAAAUGGUUAAGAGAGGACAGGUGGAGCAUGUUAGAGCUGAGAGGAACUUGCUGGCAGAAGUAGCCAGCCAUUGCAUUGUGAAACUUUAUUACUCAUUUCAGGAUGCUGAGUAUUUGUAUUUGAUUAUGGAAUAUCUGCCUGGCGGGGACAUGAUGACUCUGCUGAUGAGGGCAGACACCUUAACAGAAAAUGUGGCUAGAUUUUAUAUUGCUCAGAGCGUCCUGGCCAUAGAAUCUAUUCACAAGCACAAUUACAUUCACAGAGAUAUUAAGCCUGACAACCUUCUUCUGGACAAAAACGGUCACAUGAAGCUCUCAGAUUUUGGCCUUUGUAAGCCUCUUGAUUGUACUACUUUACCUGCACUGCAUGAAAAUAGAACCAUGGAUGAUGAAAAUUUGACAGAACCAAUGGAUAUUGAUGGAUGUUUUCCUGAUGCGGUUAAUGGGAGUACUUGGAAGAGCCCCCGUGAACAGCUUCAACACUGGCAGAUGAACAGGAGGAAGUUGGCAUUUUCAACUGUGGGAACACCGGACUAUAUAGCUCCUGAAGUAUUGCUGAAGAAGGGAUAUGGAAUGGAAUGCGAUUGGUGGUCAUUGGGAGCAAUAAUGUAUGAAAUGCUUGUUGGUUACCCUCCCUUUUAUUCAGACGAUCCAAUAACCACUUGCAGAAAGAUUGUUCACUGGAGAAAUCACUUAAGAUUCCCAGAAGAUGCAAAGUUGACACUAGAGGCCAAGGAUCUUAUUUGCAGGUUGCUGUGUGAUGUUGAGCAAAGGCUCGGCACUGGAGGGGCACGCCAAAUUAAAGCUCAUCCUUGGUUCAAGGAUGUCGUGUGGGAUAAACUCUAUGAAAUGGAGGCAGCAUUCAAGCCAGAAGUCAACGGGGAGCUAGAUACACAGAACUUUAUGAAGUUUGAUGAAUUGGAUCCUCCAGCCCAAGCAAGAACUGGCUCAGGCCCCUCACGGAAGAUGCUAUUAACCCCAAAAGAUCUAAGCUUCGUUGGCUAUACAUACAAGAAUUUUGACGCUGUGAAAGGACUUAACCAAACUUUUGAUUUCAAAAGAAGUAUGUCACCAAAACGGCCAUCUAUUGAUUCUCUAUUUAGUAAUUCUAGGACAGAUUAUACUACUAAACAGACAGCCGAGGACACAGAGGUGCAGAUGCUUGCAUCAUCAGGUGAUCCCAUGUUACCAUAAAAUAAAAUCAUGGGGUGACAAAGUGGGAAGUUUGCUUGCCACCUGGAUGUUUGCAUAUGUUGUAGCUUGGCUGCCAUGGCAAUUUUUACAUAUAACCACCAUUUAAGUGUACAGCAGUAUUUGAAGAACUUCUUAAAGAGCCCAGUGGAGGGAAAAUGAGGCUUUAAUUAGCUGAAAGAAUUUGUGUAUUAGAAUUAAGAAUUUAGAGCAGAGAGUUCUGGAACUUGUAUCCUGGCUGCCCAGGUUGGCAGAGUUAUACUUGCCUUCUCUAGUGGCAGUUUCUGGUCAAAUUUUAAUUAAUGCCAAGUUACCAGGAGAGACUCAAUAGACGUGUUAAAUUAAGAAAUUAUUCACUGCAACUGUUUGUAACCCUUGAUGGGCACAAGUGACAAACUAGCUAUUUAAAUAUAUUGCCGCAAGGUAUAAGACU